AAGCUACAUUUGGAGGGGUUAACCAAAUCUCCCCACCGUUUCGCCAAGCGGCGGCGAGUCUCUCACCCUUUCAAAAACUCACCAACUCUUGUAUGGCAUAAACCCUCAUUAUCUUCUUCUUCUUCUUCUUCUUCUUCAUCCCAUUUCUUCCUUAUUAAUAACUCCUAUUCCACCUUCGAAAAUAAAAAUCGCAUUCCAUUUUCGAAGCAUCAUAUGAUCCGGUUUGAAAUGGAAACCCUAACUCUGUCUCACCCUCCGCUCACCUCCGCCGGCGGCAUUGCCGCCUGCCGCCGCAGCACUACCACCUCCAGAUCCUCUGUUUCACUCUCCGCCUCAUCGUCUGCCAACCGCUCCCGGGUUAUCAAGUGCGCCGCAGUCUCGCCGCCUCCGUCUAUGGUUUGUCAAUGGGAGGAGUUCAAGGAAGCUGCGCUGCUCGGGAAUUUGAUUCCUCUCUUUACGUCGAUUUUCUCUGAUCAUUUAACUCCUGUGCUUGCUUACCGCUGUUUGGUGAAAGAAGAUGACAGGGAUGCGCCCAGCUUCUUGUUUGAGUCCGUUGAACCUGGGGCUCUUAAUGUUUCCUCGGUCGGGAGGUACAGUGUCAUUGGUGCUCAGCCGACUAUGGAGAUUGUUGCGAAAGAGAAUAUGGUGACUAUUAUGGACCACCACGAAGGAAAAAGGACAGAAGAAUAUGCAGAAGAUCCAAUGGAAAUUCCCCGUAAGAUUAGUGAAAAGUGGAGACCUCAACGCCUUGAUGAGCUCCCUGAGGCAUUUUGUGGUGGUUGGGUUGGCUUCUUCUCUUAUGAUACAGUUCGUUAUGUUGAGAAGAAGAAACUUCCAUUCCCAAAAGCCCCUUUUGAUGAUCGAGACCUUCCGGACCUUCAUAUAGGACUUUAUGAUGAUAUAAUUGUUUUUGAUAGUGUGGAAAAGACAGCACAUGUUAUUCAUUGGGUGCAGUUGGAUCGCUUUUCCUCAGUUGAGGAGGCCUUUAAUGAUGGAAUGAACAGAUUAGAAUCUCUAAUGUCUAGGGUGCAUGACAUAGUGCCUCCUAGGCUGUCUGCGGGAUCAGUCAACUUAUGUACAAGCCUCUUUGGUUCACCAUUGAAGAACUCAACAAUGACAAGCAAAGAAUAUCAAGAGGCUGUUUUAAAAGCCAAGGACCACAUACUUGCAGGGGACAUUUUCCAAAUAGUUCUUAGCCAAAGGUUUGAACGGAGAACAUUUGCAGAUCCAUUUGAGGUAUACAGGGCACUAAGAGUUGUAAAUCCUAGCCCAUAUAUGACCUACUUACAGGCUAGGGGGUGUAUUUUAGUUGCUUCCAGUCCUGAGAUUCUUACUAGAGUUAAAAAGGGGAAAAUCACUAAUCGGCCACUAGCAGGGACUGUGAGGAGAGGAAAGACUACUAAAGAAGACAAAUUACUGGAAAAGAAUCUUUUGAAUGAUCAAAAGCAGUGUGCAGAGCACAUAAUGCUGGUUGACUUGGGAAGAAACGACGUGGGAAAGGUUUCUAAUUCUGGUUCUGUGAAUGUUGAGAAACUCAUGAACAUUGAACGGUAUUCUCAUGUCAUGCACAUCAGCUCUACGGUUACUGGAGAUUUACAUCACGAUUUAAGUAGCUGGGAUGCUCUGCGGGCUGCACUGCCAGUUGGAACUGUUAGUGGGGCACCAAAGGUAAAGGCCAUGGAGUUAAUUGACGAGCUAGAAGUAACAAGGCGUGGGCCAUACAGCGGUGGGUUUGGGGGGAUAUCUUUUUCGGGUGAUAUGGACAUUGCAUUGGCUUUAAGGACCAUAGUUUUCCCCACCGGGGUGCGCCACGACACAAUGUACUCGUACAAGGAUGCUAAUACAAGACGAGAUUGGGUGGGCCAUAUACAAGCCGGGGCAGGUAUAGUUGCUGACAGCGAUCCCGGCGAGGAGCAGAGAGAAUGCGAGAACAAAGCUGCAGCCCUUGCACGAGCCAUUGAUCUCGCCGAGUCAUCAUUUGUUGAGAAAUACCAGUUCGCGAGCAGCAGAUGCGAAACCUAGGUCCAAUCUCUAUGCCGCUCUGCCGCGGUCCAGUUUCAACCACCGAUGCAGUGUGCACAGAGACUCGGGCUCUGGUGGCACCGAGGUUAUCACUGCCUUUAAGAAAAUCAAGGGGAAGAACCCCAUGACAAUCUCAGCUAUUUGCUUCUCCAUUGCUAAUAAAGGACACCUUAACCC